AUGGGAGAUGUGAAGUUACAUGGAUUUUGGUACAGUCCCUUCGCUUUGAGGGUGAAGUGGGCCUUAGAGUUGAAGGGUAUACCCUAUGAAAACAUUGAGGAAGAUCGAUACAACAAGAGUCCUGAACUUCUUGAGUACAAUCCGGUGUUCAAGAAAGUCCCAGUUCUUGUUCAUGCUGGAAAACCAAUAUGUGAAUCCAUGCUUAUCAUUGAAUACAUCGAUGAGUUAUGGCCUCAAAAUCCACUUCUUCCUCUUCAUCCCUACCACAAAGCUCUCGCACGGUUCUGGGUUAAUUACUCUGAUGAAAAUCUGAGUAGUGGAGUUAGAGCACUCUUUCGCAGCAAAGAUGUUGAAGAGAGGAAGAAGAACAUAGAAAAACUUUGGGAGCAUUUCAGAGUUGUCGAAGAUCAUUGUUUUGGAAAGGAAGAAAAAUUGUUGGGAGGAGACACAAUUAAUGUUGUGGAGCUUGCUUUUGGGUCCAUAAUCAAAUAUGUUACGGUGUUGGAAGAUAUGUUUGAAGUGGAAGUUCUUGAAGCUCAGAAAUUCCCUCGUUUGUAUUCAUGGUUUAAUAACUUCAAGACUGAACCAAUCAUUGCACCAAACCUACCUGACCAGGAAAAAAUGUUGGCUUUUCUUAAAUCUCUUAGAGCACGACUUUUGGCAUCUUCGUGA